AAACACUCUCGCCAGUCAUCAGCUACUACCUCCAUGACACCGUCACCUCUUGCCUCUCGAGAGGGCUCGCCAAGCCGCAAUCCCCGAAGAACAAUUUCGGCCACUCCUCUGACCUCGAGGUCACGGAAGAACAGUCAACAGCAAGAAAUCAGUCCGACGCGCCAGAUGCAAAUACGCGCCAGCGCACCCAUACGCACUGCGUCCUCCAGGAGUCUCACCUCCGCCUCCACGCCUUCGCUUCCUCCGAGUUCAGACCCUCCAAUCCAAGCGCCAACGCCCCAAAAACCGGUAGCGCCCGAGUCAAGGGAAAGCCCGCGCUGGCCUGUCUCACCUCGUCUGAGAUCCCCUCCGCCACUCAACAAGGCUGCCGGGGCCGCCGGCCGCCGGAACGAACAAGACGCGCCGCCAGCGAUCAACGUCCAGGGCGCUUCACCAUCACUAAAACCAGCACAUUCGGCGCCGGAACCUCUACUAACGACGUCGGGAAGUGACACGGAAGACUCGGCCAGAACUUCGGGUACAAGGACGCCAGCGCGCAGCGCCCUGGAGACAGUGCAAGAAGUCAGCCUGCCCAACUCCCCGAGCCCAUCCAGCGACGCGGCGCUCAUGGCGCGAGUUGACGAAAGAUUGGGAAGCCAGCCGGAUGGUGCGCCCAACAACCUGCCGACGCUCCAAGCGAAAGCGAGAGUUGUAGACUCUGAAACAGAGACGGCCAGCGACACCAACAGCAGCACACCCAAGGCUGAUCGACGUACCAACUCGGGCCCCCCACCGAUGGUCCAGCGUCAGUCGAGCGCCCUCUCUUCGAAACAGUUCAAGGUGAAGCCGGACAACUCCUCGCAGAACAUGACCGUCGAGACCGAAACCGUGACCAGCAUACCGCAAGUGGCACUGGCAUCGGGCCCAAAGUCAUCAGAAGGACAUGCGCUCAAGGCCAAGCCUAGCACCGAAACCAUCAAGCCCAAGAAAGAGAAAAAGAAGCCAAACAGAAAACAGAUCAACGUGAGCUCUGGUAAUGCAUCCUCUAAAGCAGACGUCUUUGAGGCCAAGAUUGCGAGCGCCGUUGAUGAAGCCAACACGUCUGACUCUGAGGAGACCUUUGUGUACGACUCCAACCCCCCGGACGCCAGUGAGCGCACAGCACGCCGGUUUCACUCGCGAACGCCAAGUGCUACGAGCAUGGCCAGCCAGGCAGACCGCCAGCAUUUCCGCUCCAUCCAUGGUGUCAUGGAAGGCACUUCGGCCCCCCCCGCGCACGGCCCGAAGAAGGGUAUGAAAUUUGUGAACACGCUCGCCGCUCCGGGGAGCGAAAACCUAAACGCCGAGGAUGACGGGAAAGGCACUGGUCGCAGCGCUGGUGGCUCGGGCCGAGGUACCGUGCGCCAUCACCAUCACAUUGGACGCUGGGGACGCCAGCCUGGGAACGGCCAUGCCUCGCUUUUCGACAACGAGUCGCCUUUUCCGAACGCCGCGAAAUCAAAGCUUGCUGGCCAGCAGUCUCGCAACUCGUCAGGCCCGCCCAGUCCUAGAGGCUACUUGGCGAAUGGACUGAGCCAUAAGCGAUCCAACUAUCAACUGUCCAACUACGAUGCCGACGAGGCAACAACGGGAGCGGACGACGAGCGCACGCCUCUCAUGGGACCGGGGUCGGCGCGCCGGCCAGGGAACGGUCGACGAAGGGGUCCGCACAGCUUGAGGCAAGCGGAAGCUCAGUCCUUUGACCGCCGCCCAUCGUACCUCAACAGGUUUGCAGCAUGCCUCGUGCUCACAAUGAUGCUCCUGCUCGUCAUCACGGGUGCGAUUGGCUUUAUGUUCGCCACUUCGCAACCGAUGACGGACAUUGAGAUCCUAUCCAUCAACAAUGUGGUGACCAGUGAGCAGGUCCUCAUGUUCGACUUGACAGUUAAAGCACACAACCCCAAUAUUGUCGUUGUCACAGUGGACCAAGCGAAUCUGGAAAUCUUUGCAAAGUCUGAACACGCCGGUACAGACUCAGACUGGUGGAAAGUGCCUCAGAAUUCGGACGACUUUCAUGUUCUCGACGAUCCGAUCAAUGAUCUACCCGACGAUGACGCCGUCAGACCCAAUGUGCUUCUGGGGCGGAUCACGGAGUUCGACAGCCCCCUGACGUUCGAGGGCUCACUUUUCCACAAGGGCACAUCUUCGUCCUCGGGCGAAAUGCAGCUCCCCUACCCGGGUAACGGCACAUCGGGCGGCUCAGAGCGAUGGGAGCGCAUUUACCAGGACGAGUUUGACCUCAUCGUCAAAGGUGUCGUCAAGUACAGCCUGCCUCUGAGCACGCGCGUCCGUAGUGCGACCGUGUCGGGGCGGACGCACGUCACGCCAAACUCGGCCAACGACCCGUCCCUGAGGCCCAAUGCCACG